AAACGGCGUCUCCAUUAGGUGUGUGAUCGCAUCCGCAGAGAUCCGCGGCGGCGCUAUGGCUCCCGUCAAAACUUGCAAUACUGGUAUGACCACGAAAGAAAAAACCAAAUUAAGGAAGCCGGUUGUGGAGAAGAUGCGCAGAGACCGAAUAAACGGCAGCAUUCAGCAGCUGAAAGCGCUUCUGGAGAAGGAAUUAAAAGAGUCGCAGCUCACUUCCAAGCUGGAGAAGGCUGACAUCCUGGAAAUGGCAGUGCUUUACCUGCGGGACAACCUGCGCCCGGCGGCUCCGCGGCACAGCUACGCAGACGGCUUUGCCAAGUGCUUACAGGAGACGCUUCGCUUCCUAUCGGCGCACGACCGCCUUCCGGACUCACGCCGCAAACUGCUGGAGCACUUUCAUCCACAGGAGCGCCGUGCGGACAAAUACCCCGCCGGUCCCGAUGCGCCUUUCGCCGCCGUGCACUCGUGUAGCGCUGGCGGGCCUGACAGGUUGUGGAGACCUUGGUAAACUUUUUAAAUGAAAAACAAAAACAAACCCGAGGCUGUGCUGGCUUUGUAUACGGCCUAAUUGCAAUUAAGCCGGUGGCACACCCUCUUACAGUAGGAAUUAUAUAUGUUCCCGUUUAAUUUCUAACCUCUGUAGGCAAAACUUGUCAUGACAGCUAAUAUUCUGUAUAGAAUACUACAUUUCCUGUAUAUACUCGCAUUUAAUGCUUUAUUAAUUUAACUUCCGUGAAGAUUAAUUCUCUUUACAUAUUGUAAAUGUUGUAUCGUCUUCUCAUGUUGUUUCUGAGUGAGGAAGAUGUUUCGCACCGACGGGUGUCACAAGUUCGUUUUCUGUAAAACAGUUUUUGGAUUUUGUAGUAGAUCCUCUUACUUACUUGUAAUAAUUAAAAAAAAACUCUUUGUAUUUAUCAAAUUGAUAGAAAUUCAUUUUUCUUUUCCUUCAUGAAAUCCUGUGAAUAAAU